AAUCAAGGGCUUUUUCAAUUCACUCAAGAACAGAAGAAAAAAAAAAGAGGGAUUUUAUUUUCUUUCAAAAAAGGAAUUAGGUCUUAAGAUCUGAUGGCGAACGAAGGAGGAUCAAAGAAUUUGGAAGGGAUUUUGAAAUGGAGUUUAGCUCAUAGUGACGGGACUCGUCCUUCUCGUGAAAUAAGUGAGGAGGAUAAGAGAUGGUUCAUGGAAGCUAUGCAGUCUCAGACGGUUGAUGUGGUCAAAAGAAUGAAAGAGAUAACUCUUGUUAUGAAGACUCCUGAGAAUGUAUUGGAAGAACAAGGUGUUACUUCUGCAGAGAUCGAAGACCUGUUGGAUGAAUUGCAAGAGCAUGUUGAGUCCAUUGACAUGGCUAAUGAUUUGCAUACAAUUGGUGGUUUAUCCCCCCUUCUUGAGUACCUGAAGAACUCAAGUGCAGGCAUCCGAGCAAAGGCUGCCGAGGUUAUAACUACCAUAGUUCAGAACAAUCCUAAGAGUCAGCAACUUGUAAUGGAAGCCAAUGGUCUAGAACCUCUGCUUGCUAAUCUCACCUCAGAUCCAGAUGUUACCGCUCGAACUAAAGCUCUUGGGGCAAUAUCAUCCUUGAUUCGACACAACAAGCCUGGAGUUGCUGCAUUCAGGCUGGCAAAUGGUUAUGGAGCAUUGAGGGAUGCAUUGAGUUCAGACAAUGUUAGGUUUCAAAGGAAAGCUCUCAGCUUGGUCGAGUACCUGCUACAAGAGAACAGUUCAGAUUGCAGUGUGAUAACGGAACUCGGAUUUCCUCGUACUAUGAUGCACCUCGUCUCCAGUGAAGAUAUAGAUGUACGAGAAGCGGCACUCAGAGGUCUUCUUGAGCUUGCUAGAGAUGAGCAAUCUAGGACCAGCAGCAGCAGUGUGUCCAGCACAGAGGAUGAAAAGUUGAAGCAAAUACUGGAAGAAAGAGUUAAAGCCAUCAGUGCAAUGACAAAGGAAGAGCUCGGUGCAGUCAUGGACGAAAGAAACCUAAUAGACUCGCUCUGGAGUGUUUGUUAUAAUGAGCCAUCCUCUCUCAGAAAGAAGGGAUUACUCGAUCUUCCAGGUGAUGAUGCACCACCUCCUGAUGUGGCCAGUAGCUUCUUCCAACCUGCUUUACGAGCCUUGGCUGCAGAUAAUAAGAGCACAGCUGAGAAGAAGAAAGAUAAGAAAGAAGAACCACCGCUGCUACUUGGUCUUGGGCCUCCUUCAAGCCAGUAGUACGGCUACAGUUUUGUUUCCCAGAUAGAUGUUUCGCAGUUCUGGGCUCUCUGUUUUUCUGUAUUCCUGAGUACAGUAACAGUAUCUCGUAACAUUUUCCUUUAAAAAGAAUUCAUUCUACCAUUUCUGCUCGAGUUAUUGCAUACUUCUCAUGGUCAUAUUUUUUCAGGCUAGUCAUGGAAUAACCCAAUACGUUUUGCACUAAUGAAGUUUACUCUAACCAGCAUUUCCCAGCUAGGUGUUCUGGGGAUCUGGCUCAUGGGUAUUUUGUACUAGUGAUGCUACAAAUAUAAGCAAGGAAUUCAUUCAGUUAUUGCA